UUUACAUUCUAGUCCCUGGAGAAGGAAAGAAUUACAUAUGUAAACCAAACCAAAACCGUAUCCAGACCGCGAACCGGGUUGACCCGAUUCUCUCCUCUUCCUCCAAACCUUAAAAGGUAAACCCUAAAUUCCCCAAAUCCCGUCUCACUCAGCAUCGACAUCCUCGCAGAAAUCUAAUGGACGGAGGAGAUUAUUCCGCUUCAGGUACUAAAAGAAGCUUCGAAGACGAUGAAAUUGAUAACUCCGUGUCAAAGAAGCGUUGCACUUGCACGAAAGUGGAUGAAGAAGCUGCGAUGAUUGUUUCACUCACAGAGAGGUUCUGUAUCCAAUUCCCUUUCUUGAUUCUUAUUUUUUUUUGGGCCUUUAGCAGAAAAGUGUUUGCUUUGAUGUAUAAACUGCUUUUGCUUUCUCUCUCUCUCUGUGGCAGUCUUCAGAGCUGUAAAGAUGAGCUUGCUUCAUGUCAAAGUGAGCUUGAAUCAGCCAAAGCAGAGAUUGAUAAGUGGAACUCAGCGUUUAAGGAAGAGUCCUUUGUACCUUCUAGAAAAUCUCCUGAACCUCAGUUUGUGAUUGACUACAUCCAAACUCUGAGAUCUUCCAAGAAGUCUUUGAAAGAAGAGUUGGAAAUUGCACAAAUGAAGUUAGCUAUCCGUGAUCUGAAGUCUCAGCUGAAGCCAGAGUCAAUGAAGAUAGAUGAGGAUCCAGAAGUCGACGGCGAGCAGCAAGGAUCGACCCCCGCUGGCACCUCACGUAUUGCAUAUCUCGAGGAUGAGUUGCGGGCAGCAAAUACGGUGAUCGCAGAGUUGAGGGAGGUUCAGGCCGUGAGGGUGGAUGCACUGGAGAAAGCGCAGGCCACGCAUGCUAAGGAGUUCGAGUAUCUUAAGAACAACAUGCUGGCACUACAACAAUCCCGACGCUUGGUUCUUACGCCUGCACCUGAGAAUGCUGAUGCGCAGAAGUGAUGUUAUUAUAUUUUCGCAUUUUAGUUUGAGUUUGAACUAAUAAUGUAAUCGAAGAAAACAUACUGAUUUUCUGUAACCACCGAUUAACUGAAAACGGUUUAAUAUUUUGCUGCCAAAUCAUUAACACAAAUCAAAA